AGAGGCAGAGCGCGAGCGGAGGGAGAGGCAGGGACCACGCGAGCAGGGCGAGGCGACGGGCGCUCAGGCUGGCGGAGACCGGCGGCCCCACGCCGGGCCAGGCGGGGCCAGCGGGAGGACCCAGUGAAGAGCCCGAGAAAGGGGCGAGGCUCAGUGGCAGCCGGAGCAGAGGGGGCGCCAGUCCGCGUUGUUGUCGCGGGCGGGCGCUGGAGGCAGGGGACGCCGGCGCGCGGACCGACUGACUUACUGACCGACCGCUGGAGGCACACCCCGCUCCACCCCGCCGGCGCUACCUCCCCCACGCUACUCCCUCAGCCACCCCUUCCUUCUCCACUUCUUUUCCGCCUCCGCUUCUUCUAGGCUCCCGCGGCGCCUGUGCUUUCCCCUGGCCCAGGCGGGGCGCCUCGACUCCCUGCAGAGCUCUCCAUAGAGUCAGGGGGGACGCUUCCUUCUAGCGGAGAACCUACCCCUGAGCUGGGCGAGAGGUGCUGAGGGAGCUUCUGCCCUGAGGAUCAGGGGAUGCGAAGGGAUCCCCUCCUGCGAUCUCUUUCCCAGUCACUUUGAGUCUGGCCUAAUCGAAGGCUGAGGUUAUGAAGUCGAUCCUAGAUGGCCUUGCAGAUACCACCUUCCGCACCAUCACCACAGACCUCCUCUACGUGGGCUCGAAUGACAUCCAGUACGAAGACAUCAAAGGCGACAUGGCAUCCAAAUUAGGGUACUUCCCACAGAAAUUUCCUUUAACUUCUUUUAGGGGCAGUCCCUUCCAAGAAAAGAUGACUGCAGGAGACAACGCCCAGUUAGUCCCAGUAGACCCGGGAAACAACAUUACAGAAUUCUACAACAAGUCGCUCUCAUCCUACAAGGAGAAUGAGGAGAAUAUCCAGUGUGGGGAGAACUUCAUGGACAUGGAGUGCUUCAUGAUUCUGAACCCCAGCCAACAGCUGGCCAUCGCCGUGCUGUCCCUCACACUGGGCACCUUCACGGUUCUGGAGAACCUGCUGGUGCUCUGUGUCAUCCUCCACUCCCGUAGCCUCCGCUGCAGGCCUUCCUAUCACUUCAUUGGCAGCCUGGCAGUGGCAGACCUUCUGGGGAGUGUCAUUUUCGUCUACAGCUUCGUUGACUUCCACGUGUUCCACCGCAAAGAUAGCCCCAACGUGUUUCUCUUCAAACUGGGCGGGGUCACAGCCUCCUUCACUGCCUCUGUAGGCAGCCUGUUCCUCACGGCCAUCGACAGGUACAUAUCUAUUCACAGGCCCCUGGCCUAUAAGAGAAUCGUCACCAGGCCCAAAGCCGUGGUGGCCUUUUGCCUGAUGUGGACCAUCGCGAUUGUAAUUGCUGUGCUGCCUCUCCUGGGUUGGAACUGCAAGAAACUGCAAUCUGUCUGCUCAGAUAUUUUCCCACUGAUUGAUGAAACCUACCUGAUGUUCUGGAUCGGGGUCACCAGCGUGCUGCUGCUGUUCAUUGUGUACGCAUACAUGUAUAUUCUCUGGAAAGCUCACAGCCACGCAGUCCGCAUGAUUCAACGUGGAACUCAGAAAAGCAUCAUCAUCCACACGUCAGAGGAUGGCAAGGUACAGGUGACCCGGCCGGACCAAGCCCGCAUGGACAUUAGACUGGCCAAGACCCUGGUCCUGAUCCUGGUGGUUUUGAUCAUCUGCUGGGGCCCUCUGCUCGCAAUCAUGGUGUACGAUGUCUUCGGGAAGAUGAACAAGCUCAUUAAGACGGUGUUUGCCUUCUGCAGUAUGCUCUGCCUGCUGAACUCCACCGUGAACCCCAUCAUCUAUGCUCUGAGGAGCAAGGACCUGAGACAUGCUUUCCGGAGCAUGUUCCCCUCAUGUGAAGGCACUGCGCAGCCUCUGGAUAACAGCAUGGGGGACUCGGACUGCCUGCACAAGCAUGCAAACAACACAGCCAGUGUUCACAGGGCUGCAGAAAGCUGCAUCAAGAGCACGGUCAAGAUCGCCAAGGUGACCAUGUCUGUGUCCACAGACACGUCCGCCGAGGCUCUGUGAGCCUGAUGCCUCUCUGGCAACACAGGAAAAGAAAUUCUUUUUUUUUUUAAGCU